AUGGCUGGACUACUGCUCGGUGCUGCAUUUACUGCUGUACUGCACCAUAUCUACCUGUUUAUCCUGCGAGGACACGCUGUGUCAGGCCAAUCCUGGAUAAAGAACUCCAAUGCUUUGAGUACAUUGGUCCAGUGGCUCUGUACCGCGUCAGUCUCGGUAUCACUGACACAACCCGUGAAUAGUAUCUUAUAUUCAAACCUCGGAAGCUCCGAAUCCAUGGCCUCACAAGAUCUGGUGGUUUAUCCGCCGCUGACCAUUCACUGUCCUUCAAUUGGACCGUCUAUUUGGUAUACUCAGUCCUUUUCCAAAUUCUCCACCUGGAAUCAUCCAAAAGGCUCGGGAAUGUUAUUCCUGUUAUCAUCAUGGCAACACUUUGGCAAGCAUUUGCGCUCGUAUCCAUCCUCGCUCCUAACUCUCGAAGUUGGCUCAACUUCGCCCCAAAACAGUGCUAGUAUCUCCGUGCCCACAAUAUUCUUCAGUAAAUCCUAUCUUGUUGAAGUUUCAUGUCAUUACCACCCUUCUCCAUCAUGGCAAAAAAUUCUCGACAAUGCAUUACAGUCCGAUACACUCGUUGGUUGGAAUGCACCUGUAGGGUGUGGGACCGAGUGCAAUUACACGAUCAAAUACUCUGCACCUGCUCUGCGAUGUACAGAGCUCGGUCUGGAUGAACUCAACACAUUGCUCCAGGGCCUUGGCUCCCCCCGGCCUGUGUAUAAUGCUACAUCCAACUUUAGUCCCUUUGCAAUUAUUAACUGCGAAAGGCUGCAAGAACUCAAUGCCUCCACCCUCAGUUACCUAGCCAUUGUGAAUUGA